AAGAUUACAACUUUCUCCUUCGUUAUUACUGAAUUUCUAUUGAUAGUGAUAGCUAUUCAAGUUUUGUUUCGAACAACAAUGGCUUCACAGGAACAAUGGCUCUUGGAGAAUGGCAACCUCAAAGUUGAGAAGGAGAAUCGACAUGGCAGAACUGCCCACAACAGUCGCUUCUCGUUGAGGAAGAAGUCUGAUCUCACGCUUGUAUCCAAAGUUCCUUGUAAUUUCCUUAGACAAUCGCUUGCUAAUCUUCAAGAGGUCUUUUUGGGGACGAAACUUUCAGUUCUCUUUCCGGCUAUACCAUUAGCCAUUAUCGCCCUGUAUAACUUUGGAAGACCCUGGGUUUUCGGGUUGAGCUUAUUGGGACUUACUCCUUUAGCCGAACGUGUUAGCUUUCUGACAGAGCAAAUUGCAUACUACACUGGUCCAACAGUGGGAGGACUCCUUAAUGCAACUUGUGGGAAUGCUACGGAGCUCAUCAUAGCAAUCCUUGCUCUAGCUGAACAUAAAAUAGAUGUGGUGAAGUAUUCUCUUUUGGGUUCCAUUCUUUCGAACCUCCUCCUGGUUCUUGGUACCUCUCUCUUCUGUGGAGGCAUUGCCAACCUCAAAAAGGAACAAAAAUAUGAUAGGAGACAAGCUGAUGUGAACACUCUACUGCUAUUGCUGGCAUUGUUGUGCCACAUGCUACCGCUUUUGUUCAGAUAUGCCGGUGCCUCAGCCGCUCUCACGGCGGACCCAACACUGCAGUUGUCGAGAGCCGCCAGUAUUGUAAUGUUGAUUGCGUAUCUUGUCUACAUUAUUUUCCAAUUGUGGACACACAGACAAUUGUUUGAAGCUGAGGAGGACUCGGAAGUUGAUGACGAUGUGAGAGCAGAAGAAGUGCCUGUGAUAGGGUUUUGGAGUGGAUUUGCCUGGCUGGUUGGGAUGACUGCUGUCAUUGCUCUAUUGUCCGAAUACGUUGUGGGCACCAUUGAGGAUGCUUCAGAAUCUUGGGGAAUUUCUGUCAGCUUCAUUAGCAUCAUCUUGCUACCAAUCGUUGGAAAUGCAGCUGAGCAUGCUGGAGCCGUCAUAUUUGCCUUUAAAAACAAGUUGGAUAUAACCUUAGGUGUUGCUUUGGGUUCUGCAACUCAGAUUGCUUUGUUUGUGGUUCCAUUGUGUGUGGUUGUUGCUUGGAUGAUGGGGAUUAAGAUGGAUCUUAACUUUAAUCUCCUUGAGACUGGUGCUCUUGCUCUAUCAAUUAUCGCCACAGCUUUCACUUUACAGGAUGGGAGCUCUCAUUACUUGAAAGGAUUGGUUCUUCUGCUCUGCUAUAUAGUUAUUGCAGCAUGCUUUUUUGUAUCUCAAAGACCUCUAGGCCCUGCAAAUCUGGUCAACUUUGGCAUUCAAUCAUCUUAAGUAAAUUGGCCAUUCUGGGCCAGUCUUGGAUUGAAGAUUGAAAGUUCAACAUAAAAAGAAGAUACAUUUGUUAUUCUUUCAAUUGUUUUCAGUCACCUGCUGGAAGGCCAAACAUUGCAUAGGUGUGAUGCCUUUACAUGCAGUUUAGAUGGAUGGAUUUUCUUGGAGUGUGAAUGGGUGCCAUGGAAGUUUGAUGAAGGUAGGUUACAGUAAUUUAUGUCACUUUAUAUAUAGAUCAUCUCUUCUGUGGAUGUUUUCUUUUUUGUAACUCAGUGAGUUUACUGUAUAUGCCCAUCGCAUGGUGGCAAACGUAUUUCAAUAAUCAAUAAACUUGAAUUUGUUGUUGUUUUGGUU